AUGCAGAUGAAGUUACAAGGAAUUGUCAUUUCAGUUUUGCGCAGUUACAAAACAACAAGACCUACAAGGAAGGAACCUUACACAGGGUUCGUCUUCACUCAACGUCCACGGAGGUUUCAACCGAGAGAUUAUCGAAGGAAUGAACCUAACCCAGUCAUGCCACCACAGCAACGAAAUCAUCAAUCUCGCCACUCAACAAGGUCCCCACCGCACCUCCAGCCCCCCACCACCCCUCGCCCAGAGUCUACAACCGAGUGGUGGCCACCUGGAGUGUCCCACGGCCCUCCACCUAUCAGUCGGAUCCCCAUCGGUAUCAUCUAUCCCGAGAUAGGACGGUGGGAAGCAGACUUGACCAAUGUGAGGGUGAGGACAAGCGCAACAAGAAUGACCUACCCUCCUGAGGUCGUUAACUACCCUGUCACCUUCGACUGGAACUUUCCUCGGCAUCUGCGGAAGGAUAAGUGGACCCAAAGACCAGACUGGCCGCUGGAAUCUCCACUGUGGUCCAGUGAGGCGUAUGACUACCUCGAGGAGCGAACUCUGCCUCGCAUACUGGAGAGUGGGGAGACUGAGUUUCCCCCCACCUCCCCCCUGCCAUGGUGGACCUACCCUCCGUGGUGGUUGCAGAAGAAAGAGACUGAGACUGUCAAUGGAACUACUCCUAGACCUUACACACGGAAAACCACAGUGAAAAAUAGUACAACAAACAAAUCUGUAAACAACAAACAUAAAGGUAACGGUAUAUCAGAAUUUCCUGAAUCAAAAGAUGCAGAGACAUCUGUAGGAAUGGUGGGAAAAGAGGCUGAAGAAACAACAUUGUUGCCAGAAACAACAGGUUUGAAAGCAGAUGUGUCAGGUAUCAACAGAAAACUAGAUGAAGACAGUUCAACAUAUAUGACAAAGAGUAGCAAGGUGAAAGCAUCAGGUGAUGCACAGGAAAAAGACGAACCAGAAAAAAUCAGUGAAAAUAUUCAGCAGCAAAGAAAAAUUCACCACAAGGGUCCUUGGUGGCAUUUAACUGUUGUGGAACAUUUUACUGCCAAAACCCCUAAAGACCAAGGGAAUAAGAGAAUCAAACGAUCACCUAAACUAGUUAGGCAAAAUGCAUUUAGGAGAAAAUGGAAAAAGUUUAGAGAAACCAAAAAUUCAUCUCAUACCUUAGAUUUGAAUAAAACAAAAUCUGCUAAUGUUACUGAAGGAUGUGAAAGUCCAUCUAUUCAGCAUGUUUUGUCAAAUUAUAGUUUCACUUGGCCUAAAAUUAAUAAUGAGACCCACUCAUCAAAGGUAUACAUUGAAAAAGUAUUGAUGAAAUCAUUAGACGAACUGAAAACGCUUGUAACUGAAGAAAAUAAACCUCGUAAUAACUUACUGAGCACAUUACAAGGUCAAACACAUUUAGGGAUUGAAAACCAUAUUGCUGAUUUACGCAAUAUAUUUUUGAUUGCUGUAAAUAACUACCACCACAAGAAAGGUUGUAGUUUACUUUUUAAUGUAAUAAUCAACGAAAUAGGAAGUGAUAUGGUAAAGAGUUUGUUGAAUCAUACAAACAUUGUGAGACAACAGUUGGAUAGAUUGUUAGGAAGGAAAAAAGGCCACAGGAUUGAGAAAGAUGUCUACAAAAGGUAUGUGGAACAAUCCAAGUUAAUUAGUAUUUAUAAAUUACUAUACAAUCAUAAUUUUCUGAAUCGUGACAGCAGUGAAAAAAUUAACAAUAUUUUAAAGAAUGUGUUAAAUAUAAAUAUUGGCUUUUUGAACAGUAACUACACUAAUACAUAUAUGUCAAGUAACAAGGGAGAAGUAUUAAACCACAAACACAAUUCAAACAUUAAACAUAGUGUUAUGAAGAAUAUUUUUAGAAGAAAAAGAGAGGAUAUAACUGAUAUUACUGAAUGUCCUUUUAAUUUAUCAGCACAAUCUGUUGAAAGAGUUGUUGGUGAAAUUGUUGAUGAAAUCGUUGAUGAAAUUCCAGUCGAUGAAAUCAACGAGGAAGUCAAAACUGAUGUGUUGACAGCAAUGCAUGAAAAUCAGUUGAAAAGGCUAGGAAAAACUAAUAUAAAUAAGAAUGUGUUAAGAGAAAUGGCAAAAAUUGAAUCUGUAGAUGAAGCUAAAUUCAGGAAUGCAACUGAAGACUCUGUUAGAAAGGUUAUCAUGAAAAUGGUUAAUGAAGUCCUAAAUACUUUGAGGAAGAAUUCUUGGAUGAAGGAUCUAAUAAUAAAAUUGUUUGAAGAGGGGUAUUCGGUGGAUUCAGUAUUGGAAACAAUAUCUAAUCAAAUCUCUAUAGAAGAAUUGAUGAAUGGUAUGGAAAAAGAUGGAAUCAAUAUCACACGUUAUCAGAAGAGAUUGGUAUUAGAUGAGUUCAAGGGCUAUAAGACGUUGUUGAGGAAAAUGUUGAAUAAAGAAGUUCAGCUUUGGGAAUAUCAACUUACAAAGAAUCAGUCUCUGAUUAGAUAUAGAAGAGAUUUAUUAGAUGCACAUGAAGAUGAUGAAAUUGGAUUGGAGAGAACAAAUCACAAAAUUUAUAUUGAACAAAAUAUUAUUUCAUCAAGUAAAUCUCAUAUACCCAUUGAUAGUAAACAAACAAAAAAUGAUGGGGUGGAGAAUUUUUUCUUAAAUAUUUUACGAGUGAAGAGAGAUAUAAAUGAUAAUGAAAUUUCAAAAACACCAGGUUUAAAUAUUGACGAUUUUGAUCUUAAUGAUGAAGACCUCGACAAAGAGCUUGCAGAACUAAAGAAAAGCUCAAUGCCAAAACGUGAAAAAAUUAAAGUGCUCAAAAAAAGGUUAAAGGGUCUUCUGGACCAGACUGAAAAUCCCAAGGAUAUUGUGUUUCCUGAUAAUUUUGAGGAAGAGCUAAUGAGAACAGAGAAUUUUUACGACGAGGAAGUGACUCCAAGCCCUCAAAGAUUCAAACAACGAAUAAGGUGGAAUGUUAGAACAAAGAAGCCUACCACCAAAGUCAUAACCUAUCCGAUGAAAAUUCGAUUGAAUAGAGGAAGACCGUUUGUUCCUUUAACAACAACCGAAGAACAAACGCUUAUUAUGGUGGUAACAAAAACUCCUUCUAGAAGAUCAAGAACAAAGAAACCUCCUCCCAAAAAAGUAGUUGCACCAACCAAGUCACUCCAUUUCCCUACUAAAAAAUCUACUGAAUCAAAAGAUCGAUUUUGGUUUGACUUCACUACUUCUCCCACUAGCAACAAAAUACCGAGAUCUACUGAUAAGUUUGUUAGGAGGACUUUGAAACCAGCCCAAACACUUCCUACGUUAAGAACAUUUAAAACAAUGAAAUUCAUCCAAAAAACUCAACAACCCGUUAUCUCUAUUCAAGAAUUUCUGAAAAGAAGAAAUAAAUUCAAGAAACAAAAGGUAGAAGAUAUGUUUAAUAGACCAUCAAAAGAUGAUGGCGAAAAAUUACCUGAUACGAGGAAUCUCUCAGACUCUGAGGAAGAAGAGUUCUCGUUUGGAGCGGAGGAAGUAACCUUCCCUUCUGUACUUAGUACAUCUGACCCAACAAAUACUCUGGAUAAACCCUCGUUUGAAAAAACAGCUUCUUCAACUGAACCUCUUACACCAAUGUCAUCAAGGGUUGUGAUGAAAAAAACACCAAGGAGGAAAACAGCUUUGCAUCAAAACAGAACACGAUUGAGAGCACCUACACAAGCUUAUUCAGUAGCAGGAACCAAUCUGACUAAUGGCAUCGGAAACAAAAGUGACAGUACAAACCCACUGCGCAGAAAAAGAGAUUUGACUUUCACACAACCUUUCACUACUCUAAAGACAGAAGAUUUCAAUGAUGUAACUAUCCCUCCACUGGUGAUAAGCAAAGAGAAGUUUAGAGGAUCUAAGAAAAACAUUUCUGGAAAGUCACUUGAGGACAGAAUUCAGUUGCAUAAUUGGUCAUAUGGAGUGAAACAGCCAAAGGAUAGGAGAAGAUAUAGUGAGAACAGGACAGAUAGCUUUGAAACAUACCAACAAGAACAUCGGAAGUGGUUUGGAAUCAGAAGAAGAGGAGUGCCUGUCAACAAUUUUGAUAUUGAUUGGGAACAGAUGCAAAGAAAAAUGCAUCAGAUUGCAGCUUUGCAACAACAUAAACCCAGUAUGAGACCAACUAUAUUUGGAAAACUAUUGAAGAAGAAUGAGCGGAUUGCAACUCCUUUGACUCAGGCAACAACUCCGAUAUUCUUGGAUAGCUCAGAGAAACCAAGUAAUCUGUUGGACAGCAUGUAUAGAUCUGCAAUGAAAAAAGGCAGGACAAAAAGUUUUGACAAGCAUUAUAUUUCAAGUGAAAAUGCAGAAGAGAAAGUAAACAUGGUGUAUCCACCAUUUGGAAAGAUGGAAAAGGAUGGACAUACUGCAUUUGGAAGAUUGUAUCACGGGAAGAAACAUUAUCAAUUGGAGGAUUCGAGAGAGAAGAUUUUUGAAGAGAGUGAUCUUGUUCGACUUGUUAAUAAAACGUACGACCCAGACUUCCGAAUAAGUACCCAUCGGAAAUCUACCUGGAACAAUCGCACUUUUGACCCGAACUAUGUUUUCACCCAGUUCGUUCCUGUACCAGGAAAGACAAGGACUAAACCGAAAUUUGAAUGGCUUCAACGAAUAGAUUUGUUUUUGAACCAAUCUACUCCAAACACAAUUGAUUUACAAAAUUGUACUCCUGAAAUAGAACGGUUAGAUGUUUUGGAAGACCAAACUACCAGUUCAAUACAUGAAAAAAAUACAACGGGAAAUCAAAAUGAAACAUAUGUAAUGACUCGAUCAAAGCGUGUUCCGUGGGAUAACAACACAGACAUUGAGACUUAUAAGAUAUACAUAAGAUCUCGAAAGAGGUUCUACAACAAAACAAUAGACAUCGCCUUUUCAUACUUUGUUUUCCAUAAGUUUCGGUGUGGGAACAAAACAAGAGAUUUGGGCUACGGAAGGAUGAGCAAUGUGGUAAAUCGAUGGUAUAACAAAACAUUUGUACCGAAAUUUCGGCCUGAUAUGUUUUAUAUACGGAAUAGAUAUAAACGUGGAAAAGAAUUCAACUACUUUAAGGAUGAGAUGAAUGAAGUCCAUGCAAAUAUAAGUGUUGGAGAGUUUGACUUGUUCAGAUGGAUGCAGGUUGCGACUGAAGCGAAUUUAGAGGAAUCCAAUCGAACUAGGAGUCCAGAUGAAGAAGAGUACAGGGAAAAUAGGAAAAAGAAGCGGAUCAUUGAGGUUUUCUCUUCUGGAUUUCCUUUCAAGUCAACACCAGUUCCAGGAACUAGUUUAUUUACUACAUACCGGUGGAGAAGAAGGUUCCCAACCGUAGCUACCAAAGUCCCUACUACCAAAGCCUCAUUCUUCCAAGCUGUAAAGAAAAGAGGAUUUGGAUUUCUGAGGAGCUUAUUUGGCAAGCAAGAGUCAAACGAAAAAGAUGAAAAUGAUUAA